CCUGGUUCAGAGAAAACAAAUUUUAUCUGAUAAUUUAAUUUAAUUUUUUAUUAAUCUAUUAGGUUUGUUUAUUAUUUUCAAUUUAUUUCCAUUAAAAUCGCGCUGUUCAAUAUCAAUUAAUACUUAGAAUAUGAUUAUCUAUAUUACUCAUUCAACUUACAUUACUAGUUUAAUCUAUAGACUAUAAUACCUAUCUAGUCUAUCAUAAUUAAACUAAAUCACACACAUUUUGUUUUAAACAAAGUUGAAGACUCACCUGGAACACAUAGCGAAUAUGGCCACAGACAAGGUGACACUGACUGAUGCUUUGUCAAAUGUGGACGUGCUCGAUGAACUUACACUGCCUGAUGAACAACCAUGUAUAGAAGCACAACCGUGUUCAAUUCUUUAUCAAGCUGAUUUUGAUACAAAUUUUGAAGAUCGUAAUGGAUUUGUAACAGGCAUAGCAAAAUAUAUUGAAGAAGCCACUGUUCAUGCUAGUCUUAAUGAAUUGUUAGAAGAAGGGCAAGUGCAUGCGGUCAUGCUUUACACAUGGCGUUGUUGUUCAAGAGCGAUUCCACAGCCAAAAUCCAAUGAACAACCUAAUCGAGUUGAAAUAUAUGAGAAAACUGUUGAGGUUUUAGGACCAGAAGUCAACAAACUACUUCAAUUCAUGUAUUUCCAGAGGAAAGCAAUUGAACGGUUUUGUGGAGAAGUUAAACGUUUGUGCCAUGCUGAAAAACGAAAAGACUUUAUAUCUGAAGCAUACAUACUAACGCUUGGAAAAUUUAUUAAUAUGUUUGCUGUGCUUGAUGAACUGAAAAAUAUGAAAUCUAGUGUAAAAAAUGAUUACUCAAGUUAUCGCCGAGCCGCUCAAUUUUUAAAAGUCAUGGCAGACUCUCAUACACUUCAAGAAUCUCAAAAUUUGUCCAUGUUUUUAGCUACACAGAAUAAAAUUAGAGAUACAGUUAAAGAAAAUUUAGAAAAAAUUCCUGCAUAUGAAGAACUUUUAUCAGAUGUUGUCAAUUUAUGUGUACAAAUGUUUGAAUCAAAAAUGUACCUUACUCCAUCAGAAAAACAUAUGCUUGUUAAAGUUAUGGGAUUUGGAUUGUUUCUCAUGGAUAAUGAAUUAUGCAAUAUUAAUAAAUUAGAUCAGAAGAAAAAACUUAAUUUAGGCAAAAUUGACAGAAUUUUCAAGAAUCUGGAAGUUGUGCCUCUAUUUGGAGACAUGCAAAUAGCACCAUUUAAUUAUAUCAAGCGAUCUAAACAUUUUGAACCUGGACGUUGGCCUCUAUCUAGUUCACCACAAAUUAGUCCUCAAGCAGAUCUCAUGGUGCAUUUACCUCAAAUAAGAGAAGAUCAUGUGAAGUAUAUUAGUGAAUUGGCCCGUUAUAGCAAUGAAGUAACAACUACAUACAAAGAAACAAGAACAGAUACUGAAAACAAAGAUACAGCUGAAUUGGCAUUAAGAGGUCUACAACUACUGUCGGAGUGGACUAGUGUUGUCACAGAACUUUAUUCUUGGAAACUACUUCAUCCUACUGAUCAUCAUCAAAACAAAGAAUGUCCUGUUGAAGCUGAAGAAUAUGAACGAGCCACACGAUACAAUUAUACAGAUGAAGAAAAAUUUGCACUUAUUGAAGUAAUAGCAAUGAUAAAAGGAUUACAAGUACUCAUGGCUCGUAUGGAAACAGUUUUUACUGAUACUAUUCGUCGUAAUAUCUACGCAGAAUUACAAGAUUUUGUUCAGUUAACAUUGAGAGAACCAUUAAGAAAGGCCAUUAAGAAUAAAAGAGAUCUUAUUAGAAGUAUACUCGUUUCAGUUCGAGAAACUUGUGCAGACUGGCAGAGAGGUGUAGAGCCAUCAGCAGAUCCAGCUUUGAAAGGAAAAAAGGAUCCAGAUGUUGGAUUUGGAAUUAAAGUGCCUAGAAGGAAUGUUGGUCCAUCAUCUACUCAACUCUACAUGGUUAGAACAAUGUUGGAAUCAUUAAUUGCAGAUAAAUCUGGUGGUAAACGUACUUUACGAAAAGAUAUUGAUGGACAAUACCUAAUGCAAAUCGAUCAAUUUCAUAAGACUUCAUUUUUUUGGAGCUAUCUCCUUGGAUUUAGUCAGUCAUUGCAACAAUGUUGUGAUCUUUCACAACUAUGGUAUCGUGAGUUUUAUUUAGAAAUGACCAUGGCAAGGCGUAUUCAAAAAUGUACUGUCAAACAUCAACAUAAUGAAGAAUGUAGUGAUUUGAUUACAAUGGAGAAAAGAAUUCAGUUUCCAAUUGAAAUGUCAAUGCCUUGGAUAUUGACUGAUCAUAUUUUAAAGACAAAAGAACCGUCCAUGAUGGAAUAUGUCUUAUAUCCACUAGAUUUGUACAAUGAUAGUGCUCAUUAUGCUUUAACUGUAUUCCGCAAACAAUUUUUAUAUGAUGAAGUUGAGGCUGAAGUGAAUCUUUGCUUUGAUCAAUUUGUUUAUAAAUUGAGUGAGCAAAUCUUUGCUCAUUAUAAACAAUUAGCAUCGAGUAUAUUAUUAGACAAGAGAUUCCGUGUGGAAUGUGUUGCUAUGGGAACAUACCUUAUUUUAUAUCCAAGAGCAAACAGAUAUGAAACAUUGUUAAAACAGCGUCAUGUGCAAUUGCUAGGACGCAGUGUAGAUUUAAACAAACUGAUAACGCAGCGAGUUAAUGCAGAUAUGUUAAAGUCUCUGGAACUAGCUAUUGCAAAAUUUGAAGGUGGUGAUAUCACUGGAAUUGUGGAAUUGGAAGGUAUUAUGCAAGUAAACAGAUUGUGCCACAAAUUAUUAUGCAAACAUCUAGCUUUGGAUGAAUUUGAUGCCAUGUUUCGUGAAGCUAAUCAUAAUGUUCUUGCCCCAUAUGGCCGUAUUACUUUGCAUGUUUUUUGGGAAUUAAAUUAUGAUUUUUUACCAAACUAUUGUUAUAAUGCUGCUACCAAUCGUUUUGUUAAAUGUCGGGGCAUAAGUUUCACACAACCUGUACAAAGGGAUAAACCUCCUCAAAUGGGACACCAAUAUUUGUGGGGCAGCAAACAAUUGAAUCUUGCAUAUACUACUAUUUAUGGACAAUAUACUGGAUUUGUCGGUGCUCCACAUUUUCGUACUAUGUGUAAAAUGUUAGGUUAUCAAGGAAUCGCUGUUGUUAUGGAAGAAUUGUUAAAAAUAGUCAAAUCAUUAAUUCAGGGAAAUCUUUUACAAUUUGCAAAAACAUUAAUGGAAGCUAUGCCCAGACAAUGCAAAUUACCAAGAUAUGACUAUGGAUCUCCUGGUGUUUUAGGGUAUUACCAUGCUCAGCUUAAUGAUAUAGUGCAAUAUCCUGAUGCAAAGACCGAAUUGUUUCACAAUUUUCGAGAAUUAGGCAACACAAUUUUGUUUUGUUUGUUGAUGGAACAAGCAUUAUCUCAAGAAGAAGUUUGUGACCUUCUACAUGCUGCACCAUUCCAAAACAUUUUACCUAGACCUUUUACUAAGGAAGGCGAAAAGACAGAAAGUAAACAGAAACGGUUAGAAGCAAAAUAUGCUGCUUUACAAAUUGUUCCUAAUAUUGAGCGAUAUGGAACAGCUAAACAAGUAACAAUCGCUCGUGAUGGAGACCUAUUAACACGCGAGCGCUUAUGCUGUGGUCUAUCAAUAUUUGAAGUGGUACUUUCAAGACUUCGAGGUAUGUUAGAUGACCCUGUAUGGGUGGGUCCACCACCUCAAAAUGGUGUAAUGAACAUAGACGAAUGUACAGAAUUUCAUAGACUAUGGUCAGCACUUCAAUUUGUCUAUUGUAUACCAGUGGGUGAUACAGAAUUUACUGUCGAGGAACUUUUUGGUGAAGGACUUCAUUGGGCAGGUUGUACAAUGAUUGUUCUACUUGGUCAGCAGAGAAGAUUUGAGGCACUAGACUUUUGCUAUCACAUACUUAGAGUUCAACGAGUCGACAGCAAAGAUGACAAUGUUAAAGGAAUUCAUUUGAAACGAAUGGUUGACAGAAUACGUCGUUUUCAAGUAUUGAAUUCACAGAUUUUUGCUACAUUGAAUAAAUAUUUAAAAGCUAAUGAUACAGAUGCCAGCGCAGUUGAACAUGUUAGAUGCUUUCCACCUCCUGUACAUCCAUCUCAUCCUUCAUCCCAUUAUUAUAGACCUGAUCAAACUGGGUCACGAUAAACUCUUGACUACUUUUUGAAGUACUUUUAAUUUAUUAUAUUGUCAAAACUAAAUAUCUACCUACCUAUUAUGUACUUUUUAAUUUAGCUUUUAUUUAUACUUAUUUUUAAAUGUAUAAUUAUUAUUGGAUUUUAACUAUAACCAAUUAUUUUUACUUUUAAUUAAUUAAAUAUACAAUAUUAUGAUGAGUAUUUCCCAUUUUUUUUUUUUUUAAUAUAUAGUUAGAAAUUUAAUUUUGUAAUAAUUUAUUAUAUGUUUAUUAUAUUAGUUGGUUUUUAUAGUUAAAAUCUUUACUUAAUCACUGAUUACUUUAUAAAGAUAUUAAAACAAACAUUCCAUUUGAACAUGGAAUUAUUUAUUAUUAGAGAUUAGCAUUAUUAAAAAUAUAUAUAUAUUUUUUUUUUUAUUUCAGUGCAUUUAUUAAUGAUUCUGUAGAUAAAACAGUUUAUCUGUUGUAUACUUUUGAAUUUAUUUAUUGUAUUCAUAAAAGCUAUAUAAUUACAACUUUGUAGUUUUGAUGUGUGUUAGGUAGUAUACUGAGUGUAAAAUUUGACAUAAUACUCCAUGCCACGAGAGAAGAACCAUUAAAACUUGUCUGUUACUCAAUCCCCCUUCUGCAUACCAAACCAUGAUCACGAUCACUAAGAAGCAUUGUUGAACACAGUUGUAGUAAUUACUACUUUUUUUUUAUUUGAACUAACAUAUUUUUUACGUAAUUUUUUAUUAUUAUUUAAUAUGGAUAAUUGCAUUGAAGUAACAACCACUAAAAAGAAUCAGAGAAGAAAAGUAAAAAUUUUCAUAUGUAUUAUUUUAUUAAUAUGGUAUUAUCAAUUUACAGAUCUAACUUGAAAAUAUCUAAUUUAACUUUGAACAAAUAUUUAGUAAAAUAGCCAACAUUUGUUAUAGUAAUUCUAUUUCAUGUUUAGAUUUAUAAUUAUAUUUAUUUAGAAAGAUAUUUCUAAUAAAAAAAUAUUUUAAUUUUUAAAUCUGUUUUUGUAAAGCAAUGUAUACAUGCUACUGAGUACUUAGAAGUACGGUGAGUAAAAAUCCAGCUAGGAUUACUGUCAUUCUCUCGUGUCACAGAGUAUAGUUAAUUUAAAUCAAAUUAAAAAUUUGUUUUUUAAAUAAUUUAAACAAGAAUAUAUAAUUUAAAGAUUAAAAAAUAUAUAUGUAUACCAAGUAAAAUCUUAUAUGAUAAAAUGUUCCAUCAGAAAUGUUUGUUUAAGUGAAUCUAAUAAUAAAAUUUGAAGUCUUUACAUUAUCUAAAAA